AUGGAUGAUCAAAAGGAUAUUUAGUUAGUUUAGUUUUGGGAGGUUAUUAGGGUUUUCAGAUAUUUUUAACAGAUAUUUCAGGUGUUUCAGGCCUUUUUUGCAGUAUUUUCAGAUUUCUUAACAGGUUUUUCAGAUUUUUCCAGAUGUUUUCACAGGUUUUCCGGUUAAUUCAGAAUUUUUCAGGUUUUCAGCUUUUUUCAGAUGUUCCAGAUUUUUUACAGGGCUUUCAGACAUUUUAGGUCAUUUCAGAUAUUUUUAACAGGUAUUUCAGGUGUUUCAGGCCUUUUUCAGAUAUUUAGCAGGUUUUCCAGAUGUUUUAGAGUCUUUCCAGGUUUUCUUUUCAGAUUUUGCAGGCUUUUUUCCAGAUAUUUCAGAUUUUUCACAGGUUUUCAGCUUUUUCCAGGUGUUCCAGAUUUGUUUACAGGGUUUUCAGACAUUUCAGAUAUUUUUCUUUACAUUUUCUUUGCGUUCAUAGUUUUUUUUUUCAAGAAGUCAUCGCAACUUUCAUCACAACCUCUUUUGCCUCGGAAACUGCUCUUCUUUCAACUACAGUAAGCUCUUUGCCACGUCACCGCAAACCAAGCUGCACCGUCUACAAUAUGCUGUCGCAAACCGUCUCAUCGCCUUCAGUAUGCAGAUUGCCACGUCAUCACCACCGUUUGUCUUCACAAGAAGUUGCACAAACACCGCAAGAAGUGCAUUAUCUACAGUAGCCGAGCUGCAUGAUAUUUGAGCAGUCAGGAUAUUCGACAUCUUCAUUCGUCCCAGAAACCGCUCGGAUUUCCAUUUGGAAAUCUGCCAAUUUUUUGGUAUAUAUCGAGCGGUUUCUGGAUUUGCUGCAAAACAAUGAAUAAAGUGUUUUUUCCAUAUGUUAUUUGAUUUCUCCACACUCUACUGAUUUUUCAAAAUUCUCUUCUAACAAUUGUUUUUUUCAGAUUUGCCAACAACCUCUGGAAGUCAAACAGUUCGACCACAAGUCAAGCUGCAGCAUCCAUAUAUCAAUCGCUACAAGCCAAGCAGUUUUAUCAACUACAGUAACCUGAUCGCCACGUCUUUUCAAUCUGUCGAUCCACCGUAG